AUGUCCAAACUCUCUGAACUCCUCAACCCCGCCCCGAGUUCUGCGCGACGUUCUCCCCCCCCGGUUCCUCAACCGUUGGUCUUGGAUGGACAGGAUCAUCGCGCCGGGUAUCGUUCUUCGUCUGAGGUUCAUGGCGCAAGUCCGACACCAUUUGCGUCCUUGACGUCACCUGGGCUCGAAGCUCUGGCUGCUGCCGCGAGCAGUACCGCUCCCAUACUCUCGCCUCCUCAGAGUGGCAGCUUUGCGCAGUCGAUGUCGUAUCAGACUUACAAUCACUACGGGUCAAGGCCUGGAUCCAGCCAUACCUUACCUCCACUUACCAAUGACUUCUCUCAUGCUGGAAAUCAACCUUCUUCUACACAUGCCUCUGGUUUAGAACAAUACCAUCAUUCAUCUACGGGCGAGAGGAAGCUAUCAAAUGAGACUGACUACUCCGCUCGACUUCCGCCUUUCGUACGAUCACCACCAAACCAAAGUAGUUCCUUUUCAAUACAUGCGCCAGGUGCCAUGGCACAAGACGAUCUCAUCAGAUAUGCCAGUGGUGAUACGUCGGAACAGGUAGCGAUGUCAUCGUCACGACUUCACGGCGAGACCCACAAACAAGAACCCUACCAAAAUUCAGACGCGCCGGCUACCUCACAAAUACGACAACCCUCACAAGGACCCUCAGAUUCAAUCUUAGCUUCAACUCUACCAAAGACUCAAAGUGAUCAAGUUCAGAUCAAAGCAGAGAUGCAAGAGAUCCCUCUGGAAACGCCUCAACAAUACGACGGGCAAGCCGUGGAAGGUUCUACAAUCGCCUUUGAUCAACCUUCCAAUACCGGUACCCCCACUCUCAAAAGUAUCACAGACAUCAAGAAAGACGCAAGCCAUACUCCAUCACCUAUUCCGACAGACUCUGCUGCAAUGAAGGCGAAAUCAGGGCCGAGCAAGAAGCGGGCAGCUCCUAAGAAGGGGACUGCCAACACAGUGAAGCCGCCUGCGAAGAAGCGCAAGAUCGAAAGUGAGAGUGUUGAUGGUACACCAUCAGCGCAACAUACGGGCACUCCUGCAACGAGUCGUGCGAGCCAGACUCCGGUGCCCAAGAAUCGCAAGCAAGGAUCCGAGACACCUGCGCGGAGUUCGUCCGUACUGAAUGGUGAGGAGGAUGAUGACGAUGCUACAGAUGAUGGGGAGCUCUUCUGCAUAUGCCGCAAGCCUGACGAUCAUACUCUCAUGAUUGCCUGUGAUGGACCAUGCGAUGGUUGGUUCCAUGGUCGAUGUGUGGAUAUGCCUGCGGAAAAGACCAAACUCAUCUCCAAGUGGUAUUGCCCGAAUUGCGCCGAGAAAGGGAAUGAGACUCUAUGGAAACGGAUGUGUCGUCUUGAAGGGUGUAGUGAACCCGCACGUGAUGGAUCAGAGGGCCAAGUAAAGUCGAAGUACUGCUCGGACGCACAUGGUGCUGAGUUCAUGAGGAUUCUCGCGCUUGGUAAAUGCUCCGCAGAACAGAAGGAUCGACCGGGCAGCAAUAAGAAGAGGAGGCGCGACAAUUACACUGACAAUUUCGGCAAUACUGAAGAGGUCUCCGAUGAUGAUCAUGCGCAUCUGGGCGGUGUGUUGAAGCCGUCAGAGUUGAAAGCUUUGACUGAUAGAUCGAAGGAUCUUAACGCGUUUCGGAGACUAGGUGAUGGGGUGCUGAGUCCGCCUGCCACAGUGAGUCCAGAAGGGCAAGAUGUCAAGAUGGAAAAUGCGGAAAUUGAGAAACCCAAAGCUACCCUCACUCCAGAGGAGACGGCUCAGCUGGCGGGUAUUGCGGAAAGGAAAGCUCGCUGCAAGGCGAGGAGGAAGCUACUGGAUGAUCGUGACAAGCUUCUGCUAUUGAUUACUGCCCGGGCGAAGAACGUGCUUGGGGAAUUGAAAGAGCAGGACAAAUCCAUCAACAACAUUUGUGGUUACGACUCCCGAUUGACCUGGUCUGAAGACGAGUUCAACGAGUGGCGCGCAUCGCACGAUGGUCAGAAAGCGCUGCAGACGGAUGGGGUCCUGGGAGUGCCUACACCGAAAGAGAGAGAAGAGGGUAACGAGGCUACCAAGGAUGCGGAGAAAGAGGAGGAAGAAAUCGGUCGCGGCGUUUGCAAAAAGAAGCGCUGCGAGAGACAUAAAGCGUGGCUGAAGCUGCAGCAACAGGAUAAUCUCUUCGAGAAAGAUCAAGCGAGGCAGGAGAUGAGGAAGUUGGAGGCGGAGGAGAGGGGGUUGAAGGAUCGGGCCAUGAUUAGGUGUCUGGAGGGUGGGGAGGUAGAGGGAUGA